GACUGUUGUAAGGUGUUCAACGAUCCUGUGCAUUUAACAACUAAUCGAAGAUGUCUGGUCGUGGAAAAGGAGGAAAAGCGAAAGCAAAAGCGAAGUCUCGUUCAAAUAGGGCUGGGUUACAAUUUCCAGUUGGACGUAUUCAUAGACUUUUAAGAAAAGGAAAUUACGCAGAACGAGUUGGCGCUGGAGCUCCCGUUUAUUUGGCUGCUGUUAUGGAAUAUCUAGCCGCUGAAGUUCUGGAAUUGGCGGGAAAUGCUGCUCGAGACAACAAAAAGACCAGGAUUAUUCCUAGACAUUUGCAACUUGCAAUUCGUAAUGACGAAGAAUUAAAUAAACUUUUAUCUGGAGUUACUAUUGCUCAAGGAGGAGUUCUUCCUAACAUUCAAGCUGUACUUUUACCAAAGAAGACGGAAAAAAAGGCUUAGAUUUCAACAUAAAUAAAAUGGCCCUUUUCAGGGCCACAAAUUUUCA